AUGUUUGCAGAAGAAGAAUCAUCGGAUGAGACAUUAUUGGAAAUGUUAGACAGUAGAGAUUGUAGGAAAUUAGAUCUCGGAGAAGAGUCUGUAGAGAGUUCUUCGUUCAGGGACGAAGGGAAAAUACCGAAGGAAAUUGACAUUCCGGAGGAUAAUGCAGCAGAGCGAGAGGAAAUGUCAGCUCUGCUUUUGUCAACUUUUCUCCAUAGCAAAUCUAAAGUAGAGCUCUUAGACGAAGAUGUUUUUACUAAAGCUGCUUCUCAACGAUCACAAUUAUCUGAAGAAAAAACAUGUGCUUGUUGCAAACGCAAAGAAAAUAUUGCUGCCAUCGGGUUUGGCUAUCGUUGUUUACCUCUGAGAAACCGUUCUGUCAGCGUAGAGGGGCCAAAUGGGGCGAAGUGUGUGGAGGUCAUUGAGGAGUGUCAAUGUUCCAAGUCCUGUUUUAGGAUGGCUUUCAUGGAGUCUUUUUAUGAAUGGAUCUGGAAUAAAACUUCAAAUGCUACUGAGGAGCGAAUCAAGGAUAUUGACGUUGGAAGAUGUGUAGGAAGCUGUGAAGAUUUUAAAGAAGAUCAGUUCCAGUGCGUUUUAAGAGAUCCCAGCGACUCAAAUAGAUGUUUGAUGUCCCUGAGAAAAAGCGCCCCCCGAUGUGUGCCUCUGCAAUUCUCUACUCAUUCGUUCUCAACAAAAGAAGGCGCUCUGAAGACAGUGCUGGCAGUGGACCAGUGUGGCUGUUAGGACAGCGGUUAUAAUAUCACCGAGUGCAAAUUGGGGUUUAAACUGGUUUUGCGACUACAUGCAGUUAUGAAUAAAAACUGGAAAUUCACCAUUACCAUUGAAUGUUUCUACGUUGUUUUGUUUUUAACUGGUAUAAUUUGCUUAUGCCAUAUGAAAAUGAUCUUAUAUUCUUGA